AUUUGAUAGGGUAAAAGAAGCUUUUCGUUUUGUGUAAUAUCGAAACUUGUAUGUUAAAACUGUUAAUUUGGGCAGUUUUUGUUAAUUGUAAUUAGAAUUGUUAAUGAAGCUUUGUACCAAUUGGUAGGUUUUUGCAAGGUGUAACAGGUCCAUUUAGCCUGCAGAGAACUUAGCUGCUGAUCCUGAACAAAGUAUGCAAAAUGGCUACUAAUACUGAAGUUGAAGAAGAAACUAUAGAUCCACCAUUAUAUGUGGAUGCAGUAAUGAUGGAUCAUUCUUAUUCUUUAUUUCAUCAAGACUGUUUGAAGCAUUUCAGACUAACAGAGGAGAAUGAUUCUGCAAAUGGUGAUAGGUCUUUUGAGAAACAAAAUUAUCAAACCGAAUCAUUGUGUGAACAGCAAGUAGAAGGAAUUAAUCUUGAUAAUGAAAAAAGUCCAAAUUUCUAUAAUAAAGAGUUACAAAAUCAGGUAAAUAACAAUCUUGAUAAAUAUGAUUCAGUGCUUCUACACAAUACUGAACUGAAAAAAGUUGAAAUAGAUUCAAAAUUCUCCAAAAAUGAAGAAAAGCCAAUUGAAAAUAAAUAUGAAUGUGAGGACUUUUUGGAAACACCAGUUGUUCAGACAAGAAGGCAAAAGCAAAAACUUGAUGAAAUCAUAACAGAGCACUCAUCUCCAAAAACAUCUAAAAUACUCGAACAUUCUGAGAAAAUACAAACUUUCGGUACUGUAUCACACUCACCUGGAAAAAAUGAAAAUGAUAUAACAAAAAAACAAACUAAUAACCUUCCAGAAAAACCUAUAACACCCAGAAAACGUGGGCGACCCCGAAAAAAUACAGGUGGCAAUCAGAAAGACACUGAAAAGUCAAACUUGGAGGAGGAGAAGAAUGCAGUGCUUGAAUCUUCACCUCAAGAUACACCUUUACCAAGAAAAAGAGGGAGACCUAGAAAGUAUCCUCUUCAGCCAGCUACUAACCAACAAACAGCUAUCAAAGUUGUAUCCCCACCAAACCAAAGGAAGCGAGGGCGCCCAAGAAAGACACCAACUUCUGAAAACAAAGGAAAUCAAGAGCAGGAGUCGGAACUUAAGAAUGAAAGUGAUGAUAAAACAGAGCUCGAAACUUCAUUAAGCAAAGAAAUGUUGCUUAUAAAAGAAGAAAGUGAGACUUCAUCUCAAAAUAAAGACCAGUAUGAUAUAACUUUCUCUUCAAAACAAACAUGUGAUAGGAGCACAAGUGAGACAAAAGUUUCUGAAGAAAACACAACUGUGUUGAUGGUUAGAGAUCAAGAGCUUAAUAAGAAAUAUUCUUUGGAAAAUGUACAUAUUAAUACAAAGACAAAUGAAACCAAGUAUUCAGAAGAGCAUAAUAAUAAAUCUCCUUCAGGAGUUAAACAUCUUAAUAAGAAAACAAGUGAAAUCAAGCAUUCAGAAAACUCUGUUAAUGAAGGAACAACAACAGUACUAACAGUGAAGCAAUAUAAUAAUAGUGCAUGUGAAUCCAAGCAGUUACAAGAAUCUGAUAAUGAAGAGAGUGUAACUAAAAUAGCAUUAAUGCAACAAGAACAUUGUAAAAAGUAUCAUUCAGUAGGAAAACUUCGAAGUAGGAGCUUGAGUGAAACUAAGCAGCUGGAAGAAUCUGGUUUCCAAGCUGACAUAAUUAAGUUGACACUUGAGCAUGAAGAAGGUACUAAGAAACCUCCAUCAAGAGCUAAACAACGAAGUAGAAGCAUCAGUGGGAAUAAGCAUUCAGAAGAGUCAGGUAAUGAAUUUGAUGUAAUUAAGAUGACACCAAUACAUAAAGAGCAGACUUUAAUAUCUGAACUGAAAUCUAAAAAGGAAGUGGAUAAAACAAAAAAGAAAGAAAAGUCAAAAAUUUUAGAUAAUGUAGAUAAAGAUGGUAUGAAAAAUGAGAAGAUUAAGACAGACAAAUUGAGACACUAUUCAGCGGAAAGUGAGGGUGGUCAAGUGAAGAUCAAAACAAAAAGAAUUCAUGUCAGAAGAGAAUCUCGAACUCCAUCUAUAGAAGCAUUGUCUAUCGAACCAUCUCUGUUUAGUACCCCAGAUGUAAUGAUUAAAAAGAAAUCUGGAAGUAAUUCUGAACAACAGCCUGAACAUGAGGAACAAACAUCAAACACACCUAAAGUAGAAAAACAUAAAAUAUCUUUAUUAACAAGACUUGACAGUUCUGAAAAAGAUUAUCAGAAAAGUUCCAUUGACAACAGCAAUAAAAAUGAUGUUUUAAAGACCAUAGAUAAUUCAGUAAAAGAUACAAGUGUGAUUGAAGAAAGAGUUGAAGAUAACAAAAAUGAAUUUGUUAAUCUGAAUGAGAAAGUUUUGGAAUCUGCAGAGAAUUUGAUUCCAGUCGAAAAUAUAUCUACAGAUGAAAGUAAAACUGCUGAAGUAGAUAAGAAACAGAGGUUUACACCUAACCAGAAAAAGCCUGUGGAUAAUAAAUCAAAAGAUAAUAAGAAGUUUGACAAGGAUUCAGAUAAUGUUCAAAAAAGGAAUAGAACAAAGAAGACAAAUGGGCUUCAAACACCUAAAAAAGGUAAAACAUCCAAGGAAGACAAAAAAGAGAAAAAGGAUGACAACAUUGACAUUGAUUACACUGAUAAUUCCAGUGAUGCUGAUUGGUUACCUGAAGAUGAUCCUGAACGACUAUGGUGUAUAUGUCGGAAACCUCAUGGUGGAAGGUUUAUGAUUGGCUGUGAUGGCUGUGAAGAAUGGUUUCAUGGGUCUUGUGUUGGAAUUACACGACAGAAAGGACGGAAGAUGGAAAAAGACAGAAAAGAAUGGCUAUGUUCCAAGUGCAAAAAAGAAAGGGAAGUUGGAGGAAAACAAAAUAUCUGGAAAGAAGUAAAAGAAGAGAAAAAAGAGGAAGUUGCAGAUAUUAAAAGAGAAGUAAGUGACUUAAAGAAAGAUGUAUCUAAAGAAGUGAAAAAAGAAAUCAAAGAUGUGAAAAAAGAAGUAAAAGAAGAGAAAAAAGAUGAACUCAAUGUCAUUAAAAAGGAAGACACCAAAGAUGAGAAAAAAGAAUUGAAGUCACCUGUUCUGGUCCAUUCUUCUCAAUCUUUUGCUCAUAAGUUACCAAUUAAAAAACCUGAUUUAAAGAAGAAGCCAGAAAUGAGAGCAGAGACAAAAUGUUUAGAAUGCAAGAAGCCAGUAACAAUUCCAGGAAUUUUUUGCUCUACUGAGUGCCUGGAAAAACAUGUGAAAGAAUCAUUAGAAGCAAUUAAAUUGGAGAGGGAAAGAAAGAAAGAACCACCAAUUAAACCCAGUGAACACAGAAUUCAGGUACUAGAACAUAAUUCUGGAAAGCUUUUGACUGGUGCUCAUGCUCCACUAGCUGAACAUCUUCUUGAAUGGAUAAAGAUUAAUCCAUCUUUCCAGAUAUUAAAGCCAAGACAUAUUCCAACUACAAAGGACUGUGUGGUAAAAAAAGAAGGAGAUGGGAAAACUGAAAAGAAAAAAGUUGAAGAAGAAUCAGCAGGCCCAGAACCAGUUCGAUUGAAUGUGAGAAAGACCCUUCGUGAUACAUUAAAUGCUAGAUUGAAAGAUGCAGAAAACCUACAUGUUCUUCCAGAUGAAAUUAAAAAAAUUGCAGUGAAAAUAGAAGAAGAGUUGUUUAGAUACUUUAAAGACACUGGAGCAAAAUAUAAGGCCAAAUAUCGCAGUUUAGUGUUCAACAUUAAAGAUCAGCGAAAUGAGGGGCUGUUUCGUAAAAUACUAAAGUCCAGCAUUUCUCCAGAAAAACUGGUCCGAAUGUCUCCAGGAGAGAUGGCCUCAAAGGAACUUAUGAAGUGGAGAGAGCAAGAAAAUAAGCAUACAUUGGAAAUGAUAAAACGUGAACAGUUAGACCAGCUGGAGCAAGCAAAUCAUCCACAUCACACUAAAAAAACUCACAAAGGAGAAAUAGAGAUAGAAGAGGAAAGUUUGGCCACUCUGGAUCAACAGUUUCAUGAAAAAGCUUUAGAGAGAGAGUCAGUCUCAACAACCCUUGGAAAUCCACUAGUAGUUUCUAGCUUAAGAACCUCAGGAGACCCCACGUCUCCAGGAACACCAGUUGACACCACUGAUCAACACCGGUCUCAUUUGUUUGACCUGAACUGUAAAAUAUGUACAGGUAAAGUUGCACCUCCUCCAAAAGAGCCAUCAAUCAAGAAAGUACGAGUUGCUCAUACAAUUGCUGUUGAAGAGAAAGAAACUUCAUCAUCUACCAAAACUGAUUUGGACAUUAGAAUAUCAGAGAUCUUCAAACAAGUAGAUUCCAAAGAAUCUGAAAAAGAAUUUAAUAAACAUUCAGAAAACAUUCAAAUAGUUGAUCCAAAACAGAAAAAAGAUGUAUUUGAUGAAAAACCUGAUCAAGAACCCAGUUCAACAGUUUCACUUAGCUCUCCAGACUCUGGAAGUACCACUCUCUCUGGCAGUAGCCAAACAAAACCAAGUAGAAGUUUACCAUCUGUUUGGAAGGGGUUUAUCUCUAUGCAGGAUGUAGCCAAGUUUGUUACUUCAGCAUAUAAAGUAUCUGGCCCUACUGACUUUCUGACACAGGACAUUCCAGAUACAGUUCAGGUUUGUGGACGUAUAACACAAGAACAAAUGUGGGAGUAUGUAAGUAGGACCAAGCAAUCAGGAAAUAAGGAACUAAUAGUUAUACAGUUUCAACCUGCAAAUGAUGAAGAGAAAGUGGCGUAUGGAGCAUUUUACUCUUACCUGAACUCUCGCAAACGUUAUGGAGUUGUUGGAAAUGCUUCUAAAAUGAUAAAAGACUUUUACAUCCUGCCAUUACCUUCUUAUAGCCCUGUGCCAACUGUGUUGAUGCCAUUUGAUGGUCCUGGUUUGAGUGCUACAAGAUCUCACUUACUCCUGGGUGUGAUAGUCCGACAUAGAAACCGACCUCAAACGUUCACACAACUAACAGAAAGCCAUUUCCAGUCAGAGAACAUGGAUCCUUAUGAGCCAUCUUACACUCCACCUUUAGAUACUCUUCCAUAUGAAAAAGACCAAAAGCUCUGUGAUGAUAAUUUAACACCUCUUUACACACCAACACACACAACAGCCAACAAGAGACUAUCUGUAACAGAUGAUAGUGAGCCUUAUGACCCUUCAUUUACUCCUCCAUUGGAGAAGAUGCCUCGAAAGGAUACUUGUGAAUUGGAGGAUGUCACCAUGAGUGAUUCUGGACAGAACCUGACUCCAGCUGUGAGCAGUGAUGAGGAUAAGCCAUAUGACCCUGAAGAAACAGAUUAUUCUUUUCCACAAAUAUGGAAACAACAGACUUCUAUGGCCAGUUGUUCACCAGCAGUCAUUGCCCAGGCUGACCAACAAAAAUUGUUGAUUGAAUUGACAGAUAAGGCUCAAGCAGAAAAGAAACAAACUGACCAACAAUACUUUCAGGGUAUAAGUUGUAAAUCAACAGAUGGAAAUAAAUCUUCGACUUCGACAUAUCAAAAUUAUUCCUGGCCAGAUGGUAAAUCAAUGAAUAUUAAAGAUAGUGCACAUAACCUCCAACACCUUGUGCAAAACUUUUCAAAUAAUGUCUGUUCUGAACAAUCUCCAAAGAAAGAAUCAUUAACAGUUACAAGUGAUGUACUUAAAAAAUUAUCAUCAGGCCUACCUCCACACUUACGAAACAUUAUCAACGCUAUUAAUAAAGUUACUCAACAGGUAACCAGUGGUACUCGUUCAUCACAGAAUACAGAUCAGAGUGGAGAGGACACAGAGAAAAUGUCUCUUUUGUCUGAAGAUUCAAUUAUUCAGAACUUCUCUAAUGUUUCACAAGAAGAACCUAAACAAGAAACUUGGGCACAGUUGGGUGAAAAAAAGUUACCUAAAAAUGUGUCAAAUAUUAUAUCAGUCACAAAACUACAAGAUCCUAGGCUUAGAGGAAGAACUAUUGAUGAAGAUACAAUGGCUCAUCACUCACCUCAUGCAUUUACUGCUGUCUCUGAAAAUGUCAGACCAUCUCAAGUUAUUUCUCAAGUCAUACCACCAAAUAAAAACUCGUUAAUUUGUAGCCAAUCUCAUACUUUCUCAAGUAACAUAAGUGGAAGAGGUGAAAAGAAAAGCUUAUCUCUCUCACCAAGGAAAUCAUUAUCAGAACCUCCACCACCAGGUGUUGACUUUGAAGAGUUGGACAAUUCUGCUACAGCAUCAUCUUUCCCAUUGGUUUCACAUGCAAUAGGGUCUACAGGAAUGAUACUGGGUCCAAAGCCACCACCAAUUCCACCUCCUGGUGAAGCUGUCAAACCACCUCUCCCCCCAAGUAAUUCCACAGGUUAUGCCUUUUCCAAACAUCUGCAUUCUGAAAACCCUUACGUAAGUCCUAGUAUUUGUCAGAAACCUAUAGAACCUCAUUUGUGUACCCCUCAUCAACAUCCUGGGAGUAGUUAUAAUUCUUAUCAGUACCCAUAUAGUGGAGGAGGUGCUACUAGUUCCACCAAAAUUCAGACACCAUUUGGGCAGCACAGUCCUACUGAAAGGUCAAAAUCAAGUCCUUUUAAUAGUAACAAAGACCAAGAUGAACGAGAACGGUCUAACAGAUAUCAUGAGCAUAAGCGAGACAGAGACUAUAGACGUGAACAUGAUCACAGUCGAGAAAGGGACCGAGACUGGAGAUCAAAAGAUAAAAAAAAGCACUAUCACAGAGAAGAUCGUUAUCGGGGUGAUAGAAGGAGGAAGCAUCAUCGUAACUAAAUUUAAUCACUUGUUUUUAACUUUUUUUUCAAAAAAUUACAUGCUAAGAACCAUUGGUUCUUGUUUGGUAUAGGACAGAUAUGUUUUUUUCUGUAAAUUGUACAGUUAUAAAGUAUUGUCUCAUCUACUACAACAAAGACAUCUGUGUGUCACAUUCAAACGUGUUCAUCACAUUGAUCAGUAGCUCGCUCAUUUAUUGCCUAUAUUGUGCUGGAUUUUAAUCACAUUAAUCAACAUAAAUUUUACAAAUGCAACUAAUCUCUUAUGAGGAUAAUGUCAUUAUCAUUUUUUUUUAUAUUUUGGCUUUGCACUAUUAAAAUUAUGUAUAUAAUUGGAUUGCAUUUUUAGAUGAAUGUUUUUUAUUGAAAAUAAGUUUUCUCCAAGAUAGUCUAUAUUUGCAGUGAAGUUUUCUACAUAUUCACACAAACCUAAGCUGGUCUAGUAUUCGGUAUUUUAAAUAUGUAUAAAAAUAAAUGUUCUAACAGUUGCUUGGCAUAUUUAAGUUCAUCUUUGAUGUUGCUCAUAGAGCUGUGCAUUGAGCAUAGAUAUAGUGAGUAAUUUAAGAUGUACAUCUUUCCUGCUUCAUUUAUCUAUGUGAAAUUUUCUCUGAACUGAGUUUAGAAAGAGACGACCAUUUGCCAAUCACCAGAAUAAAUCUUGUCUGAUGUUUUUAUCUUUACUAUAUAAUAUGAAUGUUUCGUUUCUAAGCAUGUCUCGUUCACGUGAGUAAAGUUUAUUCUUAAAAUCUAUUAUCUCCAAAGAGUUACAAAUUUUAGCAUUGUAAUUUGUUUAUUUGUUCAUGUCGAUGUGUAAAAAGAAGCUCCUGUUAGUACAGUUUGUACUAUUUAGUAUCUGAUGCUAUAUACUAUUGUGUUUUUUGUAUAUAAUCCCGUGGUACUAGUUGAACAUUUUGCCUCUGUAAUGCGUAAGUUGGUGUGCAUUCAUCUCGAAACGUUCUUGUAACACAGUGUGAUCUGUAGGCAAAUAAUAAAUUGGCAGUGCUUUAAAA